AUGGAAGUGGAGUCAGCGGACCCUGGCAAUGACCCACUGCGGUCAAUUCCCAAGUCUCCAGUGGUGGUCCUGAUGAUUGGGAUGGCUGGCAGCGGCAAGUCGACCUUCAUGCACAGGAUGGUCGUGCGGCUGCAAUCAAAGCAGAAGAAGGUCUACACAGUGAACCUGGACCCUGCCGUGAGGAAUUUAGCUUACCCGGUAAACAUAGAUAUCAGAGAUACGGUGAACUACAAGGAGGUCAUGAAGCAUUUCGGGCUUGGCCCCAAUGGAGGCAUCAUGACAGCACUGAAUCUUUUCGCCACCAAGUUCGAUCAGGUUUUGUCCAUUUUGGGCCGCCGCGCGGAAUCCUUGGAUUAUGUGCUGAUCGACACGCCAGGUCAAAUCGAAGUCUUCAACUGGUCGGCCUCUGGGCAGAUCGUGUGCGACGCCCUUGCUGUGUCCUACCCGACGCUGGUGUGCUACGUGGUGGACACUGCCAGAUGCGUGAAGCCGGUAACCUUCAUGUCCAACAUGCUUUAUGCCUGUUCGAUUCUCUACAAGACAAAACUGCCAUUUAUCAUCGCCUUCAAUAAGAUCGAUGUGAUCCCGCACGACUUCCUGAAAGAGUGGAUGGAGGACUUUGAGAAGCUGGGCGAUGCGCUGAGCCGAGAAACUUCCUACGUCGCCAGCCUGGCGAGGUCCAUGAGCCUCGCCAUGGAAGAGUUCUACAGCAACCUGAGGUCUGUGGGCGUCUCGGCCGUGACCGGCGCCGGCUGUGAGGAUUUUGAGAAGGCCAUGGUCGAAGCUUGCAAGGAGUUCGAGGAGAGCUACGUGCCUUUCCUGCUGGAGCAACGUCGAGACCUCGAGGCAAAGCGCCGUGCAGCCGUCGAGGAGCAGGUGAAGUCCUUCGAGCGGGGCCUGGACCGUGCGAAACGUGGCCACCAUGAGCUGGAGAGUGAGGACGUCCAUCAGCUUGAGGAGGAUGUCAGGAACUUCUCCAUCGGAGAGCAUGAGAUGGAUUAG